AUGUCUUCGAAGACUAGAUACUAUUUGGAACAAUGUAUUCCUGAAGUGGAGGAUUUAAUCGAUAAAGGUUUGUUUACCAAGAAUGAAGUAUCGACAAUUAUGAAGAAAAGAACUGAUUUUGAACAUCGUUUGAACUCUAGAGGUUCCUCGAUCCGUGAUUAUAUGAAAUAUAUCAGCUAUGAGACCAGCGUUGAUAAACUACGUGCAAAACGUGUAAAGAGAAUACUGGAUAGUACAAAGACAAAUAGUAUUUCGGAUUGGUCCAUCCAACAAAGAAUUGCCUUCAUAUACACUAGAGGUUGUAAUAAAUUCCCAUCUGACUUGAAAUUUUGGGCUAUGCAUUUGAAUUUCCUCAAGACAAGAGGUAAUAGCACGUCAUACAAGAGAAUUCAUAACGUUUACAAUGAACUUUUGAAAUUACAUCCAAAUAAUGUCGAAGUGUGGAUUAGUUGUGCGAAAUACGAAUACGAGGUUCAUGCUAAUUUCAAAAGUUGUAGAGUUGUAUUUCAAAAUGGUCUGCGGUUCAACCCUGAUGUACCAAAGCUGUGGUACGAAUACGUAAAAUUCGAAUUGAACUUUAUUACCAAGUUGAUCAACAGAAGGAAAGUUAUGGGACUUAUCAAUGAAAGGGAACAAGAGCUAGACAUGCUCAAAGAACAGAACGACAAGAAGGCAUCAACAGAGGACAAUGGAAUCGAAGCACCAUCUACAGGUGACGCAAUGAAGGAUAAGUUGAAUGAAUUUCCAGAAGCUGAUAUGAACAUGCUUGGUAACGAAGAGACCAAUCCAGCCUUGCGUGGUGAUAUCGCUCUUGCGAUAUUUGAUCUUUGUAUGGAAACUUUGAGUGAAAGUUAUUACAAGAAGCAUACAGGUUACUAUAGCAUUACUGACCGCCAAAUGAACAAAGAAUUGUCAUUGGAUACAAUUAGGUACUUGUACGAAAAAUCUGUCGAGUACAUCUCAUUAUUUGACCAUUUCCAGGAUCUACACAGGGACUAUUUGAUAAAUCAUGUAUUGGAAUACUGGAGAAAGGAUCAUCGCUCCAUAUCUUUGCAACAGGAAUUGCCCGAGCUUUACGUUGACGUCAUACUAAUGGAUACUACAUUGAAUAUUAGGUUUAUGUCCGUUGAGUCGUUGGAUAUUGAACAACUACAGCUCUCAGUCAAGAAAUAUUUUGCGUACAAAAAUAAGCUCGAUGAAGAUAUGAGUAAAGAUUUGCAAAAACGUUACGCCGCUUACCUACGAGAAACAUAUGUCGACAAGCUAAACAAAGAGAAUGAUCCCAGGUAUGACACUUUACAAUUAAUUACAAGGAAACUAUAG